CUGCAUGGUGUGACAGGCUCCCCAGUUGGUAUUGUGUAUUUCGCCCAGGAGACUGUGGAACGGGAGAAGUGGAUUGUAGUAUCGCGUGCUCACCCUGGGAUUUAAAGUGACGCCUCCUGAAGGAAGCGUCCUGGGAGUCGUGAGUUAGCCAGCAAAAUAGGAAAAGAAAAGAAUACUGCACGCUUGGAGACUAUCCCUUGUAAAAGGAAAAUGGUCGGGAAAGUGGACUGCUGUCUUAGGAAAGUAAGUGUAACCUGGACAUUGAUUGUCUUGAUGCUCCCAGGACCUUAAGGGCUAAUUACCCUUAAGGUAACCUUAGCGCCCAACCCUGGAAAUUGAAUAUUGACCUCAAAGAGUUGACAACCAGCGCUGCAUUUGGAAAGAGAUUUUUCCGAUCUGACAAGAUCACAGCUGCAGGAAAAUGGAUAGCGAGGUGCAGAGAGAUGGGAGAAUCUUGGAUUUGAUUGACGAUGCUUGGCGAGAAGACAAACUGCCUUAUGAGGAUGUUGCAAUACCACUGAAUGAACUUCCGGAACCUGAGCAAGACAAUGGAGGCACCACAGAAUCUGUGAAAGAACAGGAAAUGAAGUGGACGGACCUGGCCUUACAGUACCUCCAUGAGAAUGUGCCCCCCAUCGGAAACUGACUCCUGGCUUCUUCCUCAUGAACGGAUCUUUCAAAAAUAUUUGAUACAAAUGUUGUCUUUCAGUGUCCUAAUUCAACUCUCAGUAAUAAAAUGAGCACUCAGAAAUGUA